AUGACAAUGUGCCAGAACCAUGCCUACGAGGGGGAACUUUCUUCAACAUUUUAUCAUGAUCUUUUUGGACAGCAUGCUAUCUUUGCUGAACAUACAGCUGUAUCAUCUGCUAAUCAUCCUUGCCCAUAUAUUGCUUACUUUGGACCAGUUCACCCCUCGUCCUCAAAUUCCAGUGGAAAUGUUUCAGAUGGUUCUAAUUUCAAUAAUCAAUGGAGUGUCCCAUCAGCUCCCACCAUGGAUGUCCAUUAUCAUGGUUGGGAGCGCCAUUCCUCUCCCUUCCCUACAAUGACUAGUCGCAUUGGUGGUGCUGAUCAGCCCUUAGUUCCAUCUGUGAUUCAGAGGGCAACUAGGGCCAAUUCUGAUGUUCCAAGAUCAGGAUCUUUUUUGCAUCCAUCCUUUGUUGGUCACAGUUCUACUGCUAGAGCUGGGAGCUCAGUUUCCUCAUCAAUGAUCCCUCCUUACCCUGGCAGCGUUGCUCGGGCACGUGACCGUGUUCAGGCUCUUCAGGCAUAUUUCCAGCAACCCAGUAAUUCAGUUGCUGUACGCACACCUGCCAAUCAUCAUGCUACACGAAGAUCCAGCAGUCAUAGAAGCUUGGCUCAAGUUGGGCCAGUGGUCUCAUCAUCAGAUCAGACUAGUGGCUUUGUCUUCUCCCCAUUGAGUUCAUCUGAAAGAAACUUCCAAGCAGCAGAAAAUCCUGUGCCAAAUCGCUUUCAUGCUUGGGAACGAGAACACUUGCCUUCUUUCCCACAGAGCCAGGCUGACAGAGAUCCAGGUUGGGGGCCAUUUCAUCAGGCUGCGGGUGGGUAUGACUCUGGUAUCAGGUCCAACAGCUUUCGCCAGAGGCACGGAUCAGAGAGGAUGCCAUCACAUAAUCGGUCAUAG